UGGGGGCGGGCUUGGAGGCGGGGACCCCGGGGAUCCCGGGGACCCCCGUCCCCCCGCAGAAGAAGAUGAAGAAGCGCAAGGAGCUGAACGCGCUGAUCGGGCUGGCCGGGGACGGGCGCAGGAAGAAGGCCAACAAGGGCUCCGGCCACCGGCUGCUGCGAACCGAGCCGCCCGCCUCCGACUCCCAGUCCACCUCCCAGGACGACGACGACGAAGAGUUCGGACCCGGGGAGACCCGCCCCCGCUUCCCCAAGGGGGACUACGCCCGCUGCUGUAAGGUCUGCUACCCGCUCUGCGCCUUCGUCAUCCUGGCCGCUUGCGUGGUGGCCUGCGUCGGCCUGGUGUGGAUGCAGGUGGCCCUGAAGGACGACCUGGACGCCCUCAAGGAGAAGUUCCACGCCAUGGAAUCCAGCCAGAAGAGCUCUUUCCAGGAGAUCCCCAAACUCAGCGAAGACCUGCUCAGCAAGCAGAAGCAGCUAGAGAGGCUGGAGUCCGGGGAGCUGGGGCUGAGCCGGGUCUGGGGGAACCUCACCGCCGUGAACAAGCAGAUCGCCCUGCUGACUUCGGCCGUGAACCACCUCAAGGCCAACAUCAAGUCGGCGUCGGACCUCAUCGGCCUGCCCGCCACCGUGGAGGGGCUCCAGAAGAGCGUGGCGUCCAUCGGCAGCACCCUCGACAGCGUCCACCUCGCGGCGGAGGCCAUGCAGGAGACCCUCGACGCUCACACGCGAGCGGUGGAAGCACUGCAGGACCGGGUGAAUCCGCUCCUCACCAGGGAAGCCAACGGGAGCGGGCCGGACUCGGCCCCCUCUGGCGAGCCGGCUCGAGGCCCGGAGAACCGGAGCGACUCCCUCAGACAGGACCUCCGGCAGCUCCACAGCUCCCUGGAGGAGGUGAACUCCACCCUGACGGGGCUCCAGAGGCAGAACAGCCUCCACCUGCUGGGCCUGGACGGGGCCGUCGGGAACCUCAGCCGGAGGGUCGACCUCCUGGAGGGCGGCGUGGCGGCCCUGAGCAAGCCGGGCGGGACCGCCGACCGGUCCGCCGGCGGGGUGGGAGACCCAGCCACCCUUGCGGCCGGCGAGAUCCAGGGCCCGGCGGGCAACGAGAGCGCCGCGGCGGCAGGCCGGGGCGAGGAGAGAGCAGACAGAGCGGGCGCUCAGGUGUCCAAGCUACGGGAGACGCUGCAGCUGAUGACCGCUCUCACUGGACAGCCCGAGAGCAGCAAGACCCCCGACCCCGCCAGGCCCGGGGGGGACGGGUCCGGCGCCCCGGCCAGGUCAUCUGCACCUCCUCAGCUGUCGCCCCGCUCGCCCGGGGGCCCUGGGGAAGCAGGGGCUUCCCGGCCCCAACUGUCCCUGCCCGGGGUCUCCAGCACAGAAGAUCUCCUGGCCCUGUUCGGGCAGGCGGGACCCGGGGCCGAUGGAAAGCUGAGCCCCCGGGACAUCCGGGCAGCGCUGGGCCCCACCGCUCCCGAGGCCGCCGGCCUGGCGCCGUUCGACGCGGACGGGGACGGCGAAUACACCUUGGCCGAACUGCGGCUCGCCACGGGUUUGUAACACCGUGGCCGUGCUUACUCCCUCCCCCUCCCGGGCCGCUCACCCACCCGAAGGUUCCCGUGCCGUCUUUCAGGGGGACGUUGGGCACGCCCCUGAGGCUUCUGGUUUUUAAAAGACAAACACUUGGGGGAACAGCUCCAGAAAUGUCGCCGCGUCUUCGGGGACCCACUGGGAGCUCCCGUUUUAGAGCCACGGAAGGAAGAGUUCCUCAUUUCUUUCUUUUUCUCUUUUUCUUCUCCCUCCCCCUCUCCCUGCGUGGAUGCAAGGGGAGGCUUUGUCUUUGAACUGGAAGCGUGUGUGCAUUAGAGUCACCCGCAUUUUCUAUCUCACAUAAACUUGCCUUAAAUUACCUGCACUUUAUGGAGACCCAGAAAAUGUCUUUUCUUUCCAAGAUAGACCUUUUCUGUUUUGUACAUAGUGGAGAGGACAGAGGAAAUUAUGCAUAUUUUAUGGGAAAGUGAAGAAAAAAGGCGCUUUUUUUCCCCUUAAUUAAAUCCCCGCCGCACCGACUGCUAAGAAACCGGCUUGACUGUCGUCCUUUGACCGCAGAGUCGGGGGGCCGUGCAGGUGUCGGGAGGGGGCCUCCCGCCCAGAGGUCGCGAUUAUCUGUUGAGGGAGGCCGGCCCUCUGGGCCAGGGAGGAGAGGGGCUAUGGAGCCCCAGAAAAGCGGCCCUAGAUCCCACGAGAGGUGGUCCCUGGGGCUCGGCCUCUUAGCCCCUCUGGCCCGGAAGAGAUCGGGUCCGGGGCGAAGCCGUCGGGGGCCGGGCAUCUCCAUAUCCUGGGUGGAUUGGGGGGUGGGGUCUGGGCUCGGUCCACGUUCAGUACGGGGCCUGGUCGCCAUUCAGUUAUAAGUGCAAGCCGCAGUGCCCCCCUCAGCUCUCUGCCCCCCUGCUGCCAUAGCUGCCUGCGUCCAGAUCCUGCAACGAUCAAAUGCAGCUCUAGCAAUAAGCGCCCCCCCCCCCCCCGGUCCCCCACGCCCAUCCGCUUGUGCACGUGGAGCCCGUCAGCCAGUCCCAGCCAGGUCCGUGCCCGGACCCACGGGGUGUGGAGGAGCCCCGGCUUGGGCCACUCCAGUGCCUGAGGCGUUUCACGGUGCAGCUGUCGCGUCACGGCGCGCUUUGGGCCGUAAAGUCUGAAGUCCGCGUGAGGGCCGGGCGGGAGCACGCUGGGCCUGCCAGGGAGGGCUGCCCGACAGUCGUCUGCUCGGUCCCGAACCCCCCUGGCUGGGCACCUUCCGGCCUCUUGGAAAUAGGAGGGCGGGUGGUUUAGGUCGGUGCCGGUCUGUCUCCUCAAGGGCCGGUGCCUUCUCCCCUUCCCCCUCCGCCUCCUCCAGCUAGGGCUUGGCGGGGGUCGGGGUCAGCCGGGGCCCACGGGGACGUGGAGGGGAAUCUGGUCAGGAUGCCCGGUGAACCCAGGGGAAAGUGGUUCAGAGGUCCCUCUGUCCCCACCCCCGGACUCUGGGGCAGAAGGGCCAGAGUUUGGGGACCACGGGGCCAAAGGGGGAGGAGACGCGGCCCUCGCGGAUCGGAAGUCCCCGCCCACCAGGGAGUCAAAACUUUUCUGGUGGAACGGAGGCCCCUCAUUGUCCGGCUCUACCCCGACCAAGCCCCGCUUCCUCACGUGGUCGCGCGGUCUGAUCCCGGAAUUCCCCACUGGGUUCAGACGGGCACCGCGCGUGCCGGAAACCAGAGGGAUGGAAAGAUGUGCCUCCCCUCCCCGUCAGCCCCGGGCCACAGCCGCGGUCCCCCGUCCCCCCCCCCCGGCGGGGGCCCGCCUGUCCGUUUUGUGUUGGAUUUCUUUUCGUACGGAGAAAUGUAAAUGUGCUUUGUCUAGAAAGAACUAUUUUGGUAAGGAUCCGGCCUCGGCUCUGUGAGAUGAAUCCCGUGUGGUUCCGGGGGUGGAGAUGAAUCCCGCACGUUUCAUAUCAUGUAACAGAGUUUGAAUUGAGCGAAAUAAAGCCGCCUGGGCCUUUUA